UGAGGUCCGGUCCGGUCCGGACGACCGGAGCAAGUCGUCGGGAUUAAUGGAGGGACUCACAGCCGCGGGAUUUGCUCCAAGCUCAUAAGCUGCUCUUCUCACGCCGGGGAGCCGGCGGUCGGCCUCGGAGCGCGAGGGGCUCGGUGGGGCUCGGUGGGGGGGGGGGAGGAAACCUCGACCGAGUGGUUCUGGAGGAGAGUUUUGGUCCAAACGAACAAAGACCGGGGCUCCGGACCCUUUGACAGCUGGAAGCCCCUCGGCGAGGCGGCCUGUCAUCAGCUGCCGGAGGACCAGCGAUCCGAGCAGCCGCGCAUCCUGACCGAGUCCGGCUCCGUCCGCCUGGGGGUCCGUGAUGACUUGGAGGGGGCUUCAGCGGACGGUCCCCUGCUGACACCCAGAUUUCCGCUGCUUUCCCAAGGAUCUAUUUGUGUCCUUUUUGUUUUUGUUUUGUUUUUUACAGUGAAGACUUUGUCUCUUCUCUCACCAUGGCCAGCCUUGUGAUUAACGAAACUGGAGUGGAGGAUUGCGGGAUCGACGACUCCUUCAAGUACAACUUGUACUCCGCGGUUUAUAGCGUGGUCUUCGUUUCGGGCCUGAUGACCAACUGCGCCGCCCUCUUCGUCUUCUGCUUCCGGAUGAAGAUACACAACGAGACCACAAUGUUCAUGACCAACCUAGCGUUUUCAGACUUGGUCUUCGUCUUCACGCUGCCGUUCAAGGUCUUCUACAACGUCAACCGCAACUGGCCCUUCGGAGACGGGCUCUGCAAGGUGUCCGGGACGGCCUUCAUCACCAACAUCUACGGCAGCAUGCUCUUCCUCACCUGCAUCAGCGUGGACCGCUUCCUGGCGAUAGUCUACCCGUUUCGAUCGCGCUCCAUCCGGACAAGGAGGAACGCGGCGCUGGUGUGCGCCGCCGUGUGGCUCACCAUCGUGGGCGGAGGGAUAUCGGUGACCUUCUUCUCCACCAUCAACAGCAGACACAGAGCCACCACAUGCUUUGAAGGAUUUUCCAAGAACACCUGGAAGACCUACCUCUCCAAAAUCACCAUCUUCAUAGAGAUCGUGGGUUUUCUCUUCCCGCUCCUGGCCAACCUGGUGUGCUCCUCCCUGGUUCUCCGGACGCUGCGCCGCCCGGUCAGCGCCGGCCACGGCUGCGACAGCAAGAAGCGCGUCCUGCGGAUGAUCGUGGUCCAUCUCACCAUUUUCAUCGUCUGCUUCGUCCCGUACAACUUCCUGCUCUUCCUGUACGCCCUGGUGCGGACCCAGGCCCUGGCUAACUGUGCCGUGGAGCGGUUCGCCCGGACCCUGUACCCCAUCACCCUGUGUCUGGCCAGCCUCAACUGCUGCCUGGACCCCGUGGUGUACUACUUCACCUCAGAGAGCUUCAAGAAGAGCCUGACCAUCGGUGGCAAGGGGUCCGGCUCGCGGCCCGAGAGCAUCCCGCGCAGCGACAACGAGGCCCAGGACACGGCCGUCCCCAGAGACACUCAGUCCAGCAACGGGAAAGACGCCACGAUAUCCGACAGCCAGCUAUGACUCGGCGCUGUCAGGGGUGAAAACGGGCCGCGGGCGGGUUCUGGAGGAACCCUGAACUUGAACAACAAUCAGCUGUUUAAUUGUGGAAGUGGAAAACAAAUAGCUCAGCAGAUUAGCUAAGACCAGAGGUAAGUCCUGAGGUAUGGCCUGGGCUUUGUGGAUUAAUCCAGCACUGGAGAACAGAGGAAUGUAUCUGUGUUUGUUAUAACACACACACACACACACACACACACACACACACACACACACACACACACACCCAAGCACACACACACAAGCACACACACACACACACGCGCGCACACACACACGCGGGGCAGAGGGGUGGCAGAUCCGCCGUGACAGAGACAAGGAGCCGCUCAGAGAGACUCACAAACACACAGACUGACACUGAGCUGUGCAUAAGAUGGAGAUUUUACUCACUUUGUGGGUGUGAGCCGUUUACUGCGUUUGUAACAACAUCUUUAUAGUUAGAAAGUCUGAGCUCUGCCAGUCUGUCAUAUCAUCGAUGCAGCGACUCUGAUCCGUACGGCGGGGGCUCAGGGCCGCGCUCAGGAACCAAAGUUAAACUCAUCAAAUUACGAGAAUAGAAGUUAUAGUACUAACAAGACACAAUCGUCAUUUUAGGAGAAGAAAGUUGCACGAGAAUAAUGUUGAAAUAAUACUGGAAUAAAUAUUUGAGAAGAAAGUUGUAAUAUUUUUGAGAAGACAGACCUUCAUUUUCAAAUCAUAACUUUAUUUCCAGAAUAAAGUCAUGAUUUUAUGACUUUAUUCUUGUGUCUUUAUUCUCAAAAUAUCACAACUGUAUUCUCAUAUAAUUUACACUUCAUCCUCAUGACAUUGUGGCCUUAUUCUGUCAUGUCAUUAAAUCCUUUUCUUAGCGUGGCCCCGUCACUCUGUCGUGGUGCAGUGUGCUCAGAUCCAGUGUUCCUAUAUAAAGCAGUAUUAUGUCAACCUGCUGAAUUAAAUGUGUGUCAUGUUGAA